AUGCCUUGCCUCAAUGUUGUUCUGCUACACUCGGCGAUCGUUAGGGAUUUCUUGCGAACCAAGACACCUUACGAGGCAGCAAAGACAGCACUUUUCUUCUAUAUCGCUGCAACUCAAACCCUUAAACUCUGCAGGCAUGUCUGGGCUCGAGGCGUCACUGACUCUCUCAGAGACUCGUGGACCUGGACUUACAAAGUACCCUCAUUACAGAAGGAAGUUCAGCUGCAGAUGGACAAGGCAAGACUGGAUAUUGAGGACAAGCUCGUGCCUAAGGGAGCUACCGUUUCGCGACAUCUUGCCCUCCCAGAGGAGGGAAAGUCACUGGAGUGGAUACUAUCAGAGAUGACGAAGAUGGAUGGCGAGUUAGGACAUGGAAAAUUGUCAGGGGCAGUCUAUCACGGGGGAGAGGAUAUGUCAAGAGUGAUUGUCGCUGCUUUCGAGCGUUACACAGUUUCAAAUCCGUUGCAUCCGGACAUCUUCCCUGCUAUCCGCAAGAUGGAAGCUGAGAUUGUCUCAAUGUGCCUACGGAUGUACAACAACCCGGAUGGAGCUGGUACCAUGACCUCGGGCGGUACUGAGUCUAUCGUUAUGGCUGUCAAAACUUACAGAGACUGGGCACGCGAGGCGAAGGGUAUCACAGAACCUGAGAUGAUUGUUCCGGUAACCGCCCACGCCGCAUUUGACAAGGGCGCAGCAUACAUGAAAGUAAAAGUUCACUUGGUUCCAGUAGACCCAGUGACACGAAAGGUAAACAUGAAACGCGUCCGUAGAGCUAUAAACCGGAACACAAUCCUUCUUGUAGGAUCAGCCGUCAAUUUUCCGGAUGGAAAUCAAGACGAUAUUGUUGCUUUGGGCGAACUCGCUGCAAAGCAUAACAUUGGUCUGCAUGUUGACUGUUGCCUUGGGUCUUUCAUUGUGCCAUUCCUGGAGAAAGCGGGCCUUUCUGAUGGCGAACAUGGAGGCGUAAAGUAUAAACUCACCCCAUUCGACUUCAGAGUCCGCGGAGUUACUAGCAUCAGUUGUGAUACUCAUAAGUAUGGAUUUGCGCCCAAGGGGUCUUCUGUAAUCAUGUAUCGCGACGCUGCGUUACGGCGUCAUCAAUACUAUAUCACGCCUGACUGGACAGGUGGCGUCUAUGCUAGCCCGAGUUUGUCAGGCUCCCGACCUGGUGCCUUGAUUGCAGGAACCUGGGCAGCGAUGCAGUACAUGGGAACGGACGGUUAUCUCAAGUCCUGCCGCGAAAUCGUUUCCUGCGCACGUACGAUUGCCAACACCAUUACGAAUUCUAUUCCAGAAUUAUACGUACUCGGCUCUCCGCCCGCUUCCGUCGUCGCAUUUGGUUCCAAAUCUCCUGAGGUGAAUGUCCAUGAGGUUGGAGACGCAAUGUCUAAGAAAGGCUGGCAUCUCAAUGCGCUGAACGGACCGGCUGCGGUACAUAUCGCAUGCACACCAUGGGGACUGAUUCAUUCGCUCACCCGAAAGCGCCUCACACUCCCGCUUGUUGAUACGUUCAUCGCGGAUCUCAAGGACUCUGUGCAAGAAGCCAAGUCGACACCGUCUGGCAAGGGGACGAUGGUUAUGCUCUACGGACUUGGAAAAUCUAGCGCCGUUGGCUCAGAUAUGGUCAGCGAACUUGCUACGAUGUUCUUGGAUACGUUGUACAAGGCUUGA